GCAGACUGGAGCAGAAGGGGCGGACUACGCUUCAAUCAGCUGAGUGUCUCCACCGUUCGCCCACCUGGCUUCACAAUGGUUUGCUCUGGUGAUCAUACCGAGACAUUUAGACCCAGAGAAGGACGCUGAUCAUGGCGACCGAACAGGUAAGCUCUAAUGGACCUGUCAAGAAGUCCAUGAGAGAGAAAGCCAUUGAAAGAAGAACAACCAACAAGGAACAUAACAGCAACUUUAAGGCAGGCUAUGUCCCUAUAGAAGAAGAGAGACUUCACAAGACCGGGCUUCGGGGGAGAAAAGGAUCUCUGGCCAUCUGUGUUGUUGCCCUUCUCUUCCUUCUGGCAUUGAUUAACUUGAUUAUUACCUUGGUUAUCUGGACGGUUAUCAGAAUCGGUCCUAAUGGCUGUGAAAGCAUGGAAUUCCAUGACAGUGGUGUGUUACGCUUCAAGCAAGAGUCUGAUAUGGGGGUAGUACACCCUUUGCACAAGAGCACAGUUGGAGGCCGCAAGAAUGAAGACCUUGUGAUUACAGGCAACAACCAGCCAGUGGUAUUCCAACAGGGUGUAACCAAGUUGAGUAUUGAUAAAGAGAAAACCUCCAUCACCAGUGACAUUGGCAUGACUUUUAUGGAUCCCAGGACCAAGAACACGUUGUUUAGCACUGAUUAUGACAACCAUGAGUUUCACCUUCCGAAGGGUGUAAAGAUACUGAAUGUGAAGAAGGCUUCAACAGAGAGGAUUACAAGUAACGCAACAAGUGACCUCAGCAUUAAGGUUGAUGGGCGUGCCAUUGUGCGUGGGAAUGAAGGGGUCUUCAUUAUGGGCAAAACCAUCGAGUUCAGAAUGGGAGGCGACAUGGAACUGAAAGCUGAGAACAGCAUAGUCCUUAACGGAACAGUCAUGGUCAGCACAACACGGAUCCCAAAUUCUUCUUCUGGAGGGGAACUGUUGCUGGGAGAGGGGUGGGAGCGAUAUAAACUGUGCAUGUGUGCUGAUGGGACGCUGUUCCGAGUUCAGGUGAAAAGUCAAAACAUGGGCUGUCAGACUUCAGAAAAUCCUUGUGGAGCAUCUCACUGAAACGCUGCCUAAAACCAAGCCAGGGGCCUCUAAAAUGAGAGAAGGAAGUCCACGGUCCAAACCCAUAUGUGCUUUUAACAUUCUGUCUCAAAACAAAAUCAAGAACAGACCCAAACUUCUACAUGGAUGUCCUGAACUGUCAUUACUUUUUUUUUCUUUUCUUCACAGUUUCUUUCAUGACCACAAAGAUAGUAGUGUUGUCUUUUCAGAAUAGCACCCACUAUAUAUAAUCUUGUGAUUCAUCCAUUUGUUUUAAAGAUGUUUAUUCCACGCUCACAUUUGCCAGCACCUUUCAUAAAGGUGUCAUGCACAAAGCAAGAAACCUUUGUCUAGCUGUCAGUCCAUUAAAGGGCACACUCGCCCACACAUCCCCUUACAUGAGGCCAGUUUUGUGUUGUCAGGUGAGCUAUUAUGCAUUUUUUUGCUAUAUGGGAGGAAGGUCAGCUGUCUUAGGACGUCUGCGUAGUUCUUCAUUCUUUCUUGGUUUUUAGUCUUACCUUGUGAUUUUGUAACGGCUGUUCAAGUUUGCUUAUUUCUCCUGCCUGCAAAUGCCUAGAGAGCUGGCAAUGGUGGGCUUUAUCAAUCAUGCGAAACACACGGCUCAUACGUAUUAAGAAAUUUUGUAAUUUAACGAAAUGUUAAGUUAUGUCUUUUUGAGUCAAUAGACAAACUUAAACCUUAGGAGGUUAAGGUUUUGGUUGGUGAGGAAUGGAGUAAAGGCAGCCACUGGCAUGAGGAACGAAUUUAAAGGAAGAAAUGUCAAUUGUAGAAUUAAAUAGUUGUGAUGCUCAUUUUAAAUUUAAUGCUUACAUUGUCAGAUGUGGCCUCAUUUACACCAUUGUGAACAGGCUUCCUUCUGUAAAGAUCUUUAUUUUCUUGAAUCACAUAAAAUACACUAAUUUGAGCACUAGGCCUAUGUUAAGCUCUGUAUCAUGUGGUGCUUUUAUGCUAUCCUGUGGUAGCACUUUCUGUGCACAUAGUUUGAUUUUAUAAGUAUAAUGUCAAAUACAGCUUUAGAUUUCUUUGACAAAAGACAAGUUAUAACAGUCCCAGAGGAAUGUAAGAGGUGGAGGUAUUGCCUCCACAGUUAAUUUGUGUUUUAUUUAAUCUUUAUUCUAAUUGUGUUUCAUAACAUCAGAGACGUCUUUCUUGUCACUGAAGUAAUCAGGCUACCUCUAAUUCCAUCGUGUCAGGUCUGGCUGCUUUCUUGGACACAGUCCCAGAGACAGGACCUUGUGAUAGCAGUGGAUAAGAUAAAAGCAGGCAAAGGAGAUGCACAACCAUAGGUUCCACUCCUCCACUGCUCUAAAUUAGAUGUAGUGGACUCUAAAUAUGGAUGUUUAGUUUUGUCACAAAGAACUUCCGAGAGAGAAUAGCAGAAGCAGCUCUUACUGAUCACAUCUGUGACGUGUAGCUCUGCUGAUGGCAGUGAACAUGGCAGAUGGCUUUUUGAUUGUCUCUGCGUCAGGCAUUGCAUUUCAAGGAGUCAUUUUAUUCUGCGUUAAAGAACUCGACCUACUGCACUUUUUGGAUUUUUUUCAAGUGAUAAAUGAAAAGCAAAGUGUAUGCUCAGGUUACCUUGUUGUUUACAUUCACUUCAUUAACAAAGCUAAUGUUAUUUUUAUGUACAGUAUUUUAAAUGGUUUUAAGUAUAUGGCAGAAUGCAAACUUUGGCCUGUCCUGUUAAAUGUUUGAGAUUAGGAACAGGCCAUCCGAGUAAAAUCAUGAAAACUUCAACUGUUCUCUUAUAAAACCAUCAGGUACUUUGUUUGUUAAAGCACCAUAUAUAUGUAUUUUUAUUGUUUUCUGAAACACAUAUUAGAAGACUGGAAAUUGCUUUUCAAGUUUCAUUUGCCUUAUGGAGAGUAAGCCUGAGUUUUUAUUUUCAUUUGUUGCCCCAGUGCCAAUAAAAAGAGCUUGUGGUUUACUAAUGCUUUACACGACAUAAAAUAUAGGAAAAUAAAAUAAAGUAACAGUAUUGAAUACAUGGUGCAGCAAACCCAGUAUUUGACAUCCCAUGUUGAAGGUUAGCAGUCAGACAGCCAGGCUGCUCUCGACGUUCUGUCCUUGAGAUUCGAGGUUUUCAAGGCAGGUUUUGACCAGAGGAAUGAGAACAUUUGUAGCCUUGUGGUUUAAGGCUAGUACAGUCUGCAUCUAGUUAAUUAAUCGAAAGGCCUACCCUCCAGAAUAAUUCGGGUCUUCAGGAAUUAAAAUGCAUGCUAGUACCCAUCCAAUGAAACGUCAUAAGACAGGUUAAAAAAGGUGGCUAGUGUCUGCUCGUUGACUUCAGAAAACUCGCCUUUCCCAUCCCAUUGCUGCUAUUAAAGGGGUCACAUCACAGUGGAGAUUUGCAUUUUUCAGUAGUUAACAUAUUUGAGUAAACUUUGGCAUGGUGCACAGUAUGUUUGAUAAUAUUUUCAAGUCAGAAAAUGAAAAUAAUCAUUUUCCAUUUAAAAAAAAAUGUCUUGUGUGGCGACUCAUUUUUUUAACUAAAAAGUACAGUACAUUGGCACACACUUUUUUUUUUUUACCAGCUUUAGCUAAUUUUUUUCCUCAUUAUUUUUUUAUAAUCAUCUUGCUUUUCAGAACUGACUUGGGUGGCUUGUUUGGUUUCUGUGCCAUGCUUGUUUUCAGUAUCCUGUGUGGUGCCAUGAGGCUCUUGGCUGUGCAUCGAUGGCUUGUCUUGAUGUGUCCUGUUAGCAAACUGCGUAAGGAUAACAGAAUAAUAAAAUGAAACACUUUUGCUUUGCAUUUGGUGGUAUAAUGCCCAUUACUAGAUGCAAUAAUAUAAAAGUUUUUUUGUUUUUUAUUUGCUAUCCGAUUACUUCUUUAAAUAAAAAAUUAUUUAUUUACCA